UGUAGACUGUCUUCAAAACAAAACUUUAAUAUGUAUUUGCCAAGCUUUGGGAAUGAUAUGUAAAACAAUCACAGGUCCAUAUUGGAAAGCAGCUUCAGAUAAGAAAACACCAAUUGAAAUGGGACAUAUAUACACCAGAUUAAUUGAUGUGUUGGACAAUAUUGUAAAAUCACCAUCAUUAUUAUAUGAUAAUCAUAUAAAAUUAUUUUUUGGCCCCGAAAAAGAUUGUCAUGAUGUUCAGGAUAUUUUCACUGCGGAUGAAAAUCGGGAUCAAACAGAUUUAUUUAUUUCAGGAUUAUGUUUUGUUAUUAUGGAGAAAGCUAAAAAAUUAUUCUCUGAUUUUCUGUGUGGUGGCAAAUUUUUCAAUGCAGAUGAUGAUUUAAAAACAACAGCAAGGAAAUGUCCUUCUAAUAAUAUAACGGUUGAGCGAUUGAUGGGAAAACUGGACAGUGCAAUCAAACAGUCUCCGAACUCAAGUGUAGGCGCUAUUCAGACUAAAAUUGUGUAUAACAAUAACAAAACACAAAAUUGGCUAGACAGUAAAUCGAACACUGACAAGAAGAUUUUAUCAAAAACUGCAAUUAAAAACCGAAAACAAGUAACUUUAGAUCGCUAUUUAAAACAAAAACAAUUAUUCAAUAACCGUGUUAAAAUAAUAAAUCAAAGAAUUGAGUCCAAAGAAAAGCAAGUGAAAAGAAAAUCAGAUAAAAAGGCAACUGUAAAGAAAACAAUAGAGGCAAAUGGAAUUUGGAAUUUUGAAAUUGAAUUAGAAACAGAGAUAGAUAAAUUAAGAACAAAAACUGAAAAAAUUAAGGCAUUACAGACUCAAAUAAAUCUUUAUAAGGACGAUCAAGUUUUGGACAUUUCAAAAAUAGAUAAAAAUUUACUGAUAUUCAGCAAAAAAGGAAAACCACUCUCCGUUCUUGAACUUGCAGCCAAUUUACGAAAGUUGAUCUUUCAUCGUAAUCCUUUCAACGAUCCAGAAUCAUUAGUAAAUAAAGAAAUUGUUCAUACUUGGGAGGAUGACAACACAUCAGAACAAACUUGUUGGAAUGGUCGUUUGCAAUCCUACCAAAAUCAAGAAUUUGAAGUUAAUACUAUUGAAAGUUCAUAUUUUUAAGCUAAUUUUCACACAUUAAACUCCUUUCCAGUACUCUUAUUCACAUAAAAAUUUGUCUUAUGUUUUGUCAACUUUAAUCUUCAAUUAAUCUGUACAUGUAUUGUACUUGCAAGCUCACACAAUAUGAAAUUCUACGGAGGGCUUCUAUUCCUUAAUACUAAUAGUGAUGAAAAAAGCCUUUGUAUUUGAUAAUCCAUUAUUUUUUCCCUGUCCAAUCUCUAUUCUUUAUUGUUUGUCUUCAUCACAUCUUAAUACUCAGUAUCGGGUAUACCUGUUAGCCUUCAACUCAUAAACCCUGUAUCAACAAACAUUAAACCCAUUUAAUAUAUAUAUGUCCAUAAUUUCCAAUUCAUGAGGAACAGGGAUAUGUCUACGUAUAUGUGUUAUUACUGUGCAUACAUUGAAAUUUGGAAUAGAUUUAAUCUUGUUACAUUUUCAACAUAUUUAAAAGUAUCAAAAUAUUAUACUAGGUUGUUUCCAAAAAUGCAUCAGUAAUGAUAAUAGAUAUAUUCCUGAAAAUUACA